AGACUCCCCUCUCGGGGAAAACGCGGCGCCCGCUCUUCCCGCACGGAUCUUGGCAGGUGCUAGAGCCCUGGGUCUGCCCGGUCUGGUCUCUGGGACCAGGGCUGGGUUUCCCUCAUGUAUGGCAAGAGUCCUGCGCGCCUGGUGCCUCUCCUCCUUGGCUUACAGCUCACAGCUCUUUGGCCUACAACAGCUGUGGAAAUUUACACCUCUGGGGCAGUGGAGGCUAUGAACGGGACAGAUACUCGGUUAAAAUGCACUUUCUCCAGUUUUGCUCCUGUGGGUGAUGCACUAACAGUGACUUGGAAUUUCCGUCCUCGAGAUGGGGGGCCUGAACAGUUUGUAUUCUACUACCACGUGGAUCCCUUCCCACCCAUGAGUGGGCGGUUCAAGGACCGGGUGGUCUGGGACGGGAACCCUGAGCGGUACGAUGUCUCCAUUCUUCUCUGGAAACUGCAGUUUGAUGACAAUGGGACAUACACUUGUCAGGUGAAGAACCCACCUGAUGUUGAUGGGCUGGUAGGGACGGUCCGGCUCAGCGUUGUGCACACUGUACAGUUCUCGGAGAUCUACUUCCUGGCUCUGGCUAUUGGCUCUGCCUGUGCACUGAUGGUGAUAAUAGUAAUCGUGGUGGUCCUCUUCCAGCAUUUCCGGAAAAAGCGAUGGGCUGAAAGAGCUCACAAAGUGGUGGAGAUAAAAUCAAAAGAAGAAGAAAGGCUCAACCAAGAAAAGGUCUCUGUUUAUUUAGAAGACACAGACUAACUUUCCUAGAUGGAAACAAGAUUUUCAAGAACAAGAACCCUAGAUACAUGAAGUUAAUGGAAGUUAAUGGAAACCUUUCUUUGGCUUUUCCAGUUGUGACCUGUUUUCCACCAAUUAUGCAGCACAUACCCAUCCAACAUCUUCUGCAGGCAACACAAGACUCCUCUUGAGCAGAUACCAUCAG